AUGUCUACCUGCGAUGUCGCUCCUUACCUUGAAGGCUUCACCUGCCCGCCUGGCCAGAUGUGCUGCUCCGCUCGUUUUGAAGCCAAUCCAGACGCUUCAGGGAUUGGGAUUGUAGUUGCGUUCGCGGUUAACGGGUUCAUCAACAUGUCAUUGGCCACCUUUCUAUGGUACCUCAAGGCCUUUCGUCGAACACCGGAGAAGCACAACAAGUAUUUCGAAGCCUAUGUCCAGUCCCUAUGCGACCUUUUGGCACAAGCCUCUCUCUUCCCAGGCAUAACACUACUCGUGGCAUGCCUCUCACAAUGGAAUUCCAUUACGCAUUACCACCUCUGGGUCUCCGUCGUCCUCGCAGAUCUCGCAACAUCUGGACGUGUCGUAGUCUUGCUCAAUCUCUUCUUCUCGGAGCAAAGGGUCACGAAAAUCCAGGCAUCUCUUGCAGCGCUGUUCCAAUCACUAUUCCUUGCUUGCUUGGGCAUCCUCAUCUGGCGCCUCUCUGGGAAUGAGUGGGCAAAUGUCCCGGGGAGGUGCUUUGCCUUUCGUCAAGGAGGCCAGAAUAACCUCCAAGAGAGGGACUUUGUUCGAUUCUGGGUUAUUGUUCAACUGGUGGCGUGGUUCUGGUGGCAUCUAGUAUGGAUUUUCUUCACACAGCUCGCCGCGCGUCAGUUCCCGGACGUUCGUUGGCUACAAAUUCACAAUGUGCCGCCACGAAUAAGAUUCUGGUUCGGUGCGGUGUUCUACGUGGGGUUAGAUUGGUUCCUCUGGAUUUGGCAGUUAUAUCUCAUUGCGCAAGGAAUGACCGGUAAUAGAGAUCGUAUAAUAGGAAGCGAAUGGGGAAUGGGCUUUGGACAGGUGGCGUCCCUGGUCGCAUUGAUGACCGUGUUCUACGCCAUCUUCCUCUCCUACCAAGACUAUUUACUCAAAGCAAAGGGACGCAGGAUGAACGGGGAAGAGCAAGCCUCUCGACAUGCUGGGGGAGGGAGAGGAUCUUCUCAUGAGCUCUAUGCACUCAAUCCAUCUCACUCAUACUCCACUGACCUCGAGAAAAUCAAUGAAGAUGGUGACUCUGGUUACCAGGAGGGAAUGCCACCGCCGGUCACGUCCCCUCCUGUUCGGCAGACGAGGAAAGCAACUACAAAUAGGAGGGAUAAGGAGAUGGAGAUGGCAUUUGUCGCCCUCUGA